AAGAUCAUCUCCAAAUCUUGAUGACAGUCCACAUCACAUCCGCCAAGCAUCAGAAACAUCGAAAACAUCUUUAAAACUACUUGAUCAGUCCUGUACAGUGUGACGAUGAGUGCAGAGAUGGAAGGGAAAAUCGCCGACCCUUUUAGCGCCGAGGGAGAGGAUCAGCCCGCGACAGGCGUCCUCGGGAGACUCUGGCUGCCCAGAGGCCUGUCUGCCAAGGUAGCGAAGGAGUGGUUGGACCGUAGGAGGAAGUCCAUCCGUCCCUGGGCGGCGUUCGUGGACCAGAGGAAGUUUUCAAAACCGCGGAACUUUGGGGAGCUGUGUCAGCGAGUAGUUCGCAACCUGGACACCUACCACAGCAACUACACCUUCAUCUUCCUGGCACUCAUCCUCUACUGCAUUAUCAGUUCUCCGUUGCUGUUGAUUGCUCUGGCUGUGUUUGUCGGUGCCUUUUACAUCAUCCACCUCAAAUCACAGGAGUCCAAACUGACAGUGUUUGGGCGAGAGCUGACUCACGGACAUCAGCUGGGAUUGGCUGGAGCAGUUUCUCUCCCUGUGUUCUGGUUGGCCGGUGCAGGUGCUGCUGUGUUCUGGGUGUUGGGGGCCACGCUGGCUGUGAUUGGUUCCCAUGCUGCAUUCCGUGAGCUGGAGUCAUCUGACAUGGAGGAACUCCUCAUGGAGCCUGUAUAAACAUUGACCUUUACAUGCCUUCGUUUCCCAGAAUGCACCUGUCUUGCCAUCUCAGUA